AUGAGGCCCACAACAUCUUACAGAUCGAGUGGGUUGCUUGACUUUAAGCCUUGCAGACGCUCUCCUUUAUCGGACGAUGAAGGAGAUCGAUAUUUCGCUGGCGAGCGGAGACACAAGCGCAGUAGAGAACAUCCAUCCACAUGCUUAGAUGCCAAAUUUGAUUCUUCCUCAGAUGAAAACUCAGCCAAACGACAUCGACGGCAGAGAAGUUACGCGUAUUUUGAAAGCAGUGAAGAAGAAGACUACACUCAAAUCACCAGUAUACCUCCAGAAUUGCUUAAUAGGCUCAAGUCGUUUGCGCUGUUCGAGAACGCCCCGAAAUCUUUUUUGACUGCCCUAGGGCGCUCAUUGAAGCCAGUGCAGUAUUGUCCACAAGAAUACAUCGUGAAGGCAGGUGAGCAAGCAAAGUCGAUGUAUUGGAUCUUAAGAGGUACAGUGGGUGUGACAUCCACAGACGGUGAAGCAUUGUAUGCAGAGCUAGCGGCAGGAUCGUUUUUUGGCGAGAUUGGUAUUCUUUUUAACAGACCAAGAACCGCAACAGUGGUGGCCAGAACGAAAGUACUGUUAGGGGUCCUCACUAAAGGUGCAUUAGGUGUUGUUCUAUCAGACUAUCCCACGAUUGAACGUUUGAUUAGAGAUGAAGGUCAAGAACGGCUUGCAAUGCAGCAGAAGCGAAAACAAAAAGGAAAGCCAUCCACAAAUUUUCUUUUCCAAAGACGUGAAAACUUACAAGUACCUUCGAAGUAUAACAACGACUCGAUUACCGCCUUUGAGAAUGAACCUUCACCGGGUCCCGUUCUUCCGCCGACAUCAGAUGCUAACACACCAGUUUUGAAAACGCUUGAUCCAUUUGAUCCCUCGCAAAUAUACAUUGAGCAGCCAUCAACGAUUCUGACGGGAAGUAUCGAUAAUUCUAUUUCCGUGAGAGAAUUCCUGAAGGGUCUACCAAUUUUCAAAUCUCUACCAUUGGACGUGUUCCAUGAACUUGCCCUCAAGGUAGAGAUCAAAAUUUUCGAACCAAUGGAAUAUAUAUUCAAAAAGGGAGAUGCUGGAAGAGACAUCUACUUCGUUGUAUUCGGAGAAGUUGAAGUGCUAGAUGCUGAAAAUGCUAGCCAUAUCGUUGUUGCAAGACUGGGAAGUGGUAAAUACUUUGGUGAGAUGUCAUUCUUGUCUUCUCUGCGCGAUGAUCUCCCUUCCUCUACGACUGAGAACAGAUCAGCCGAUGUACGUGCAGUUUCCGAAUCCGAAGUGCUUGUGGUGAAAGGCAACAUCCUAGAGGAUCUCUGUAAAUGUUAUCCGGUUGUUGCCGAAGACAUGAAGUACACUGCAUGGGAAAGAUUGAAGAAAAAGGACUCUGUUGGGGAAAUGAUUCAUUCUACGGACAUAACAACUGGUGAUCGAACGUAUGCUUUUUCCUUGAUUGGGGACAACAGAGAGAAGUUAAUAUCUCAUAGUAUCUCAUGGAAUCAUGAAACAUAUGAAUCAGAACCUCCAAGCUCUCUUGAUUCUGUGAUGACGCCAUCUUACUUAGAUUCGGUGAGCACAGCAGGAUCACAAGACCUUGCGAGAAUGGACAAUCCGCCGUCUCCACCUUUGGUAUCUGAUAGGCUUUUGAAGCCUGAACAAACGACCAUUCAGUGGAACGUUCCAUCACUAAAUCCAGUGUCAGGAUCGCUUUACAGGUUUGGGAACUCUCUCAGACCUACCUUCCACUAUAUUCCUCAUGAUCAUCGUUUACGACUAUUAAACAUCAACAAUAGCCAGCGCCGGUCUUCUCUUCUAUCUUCCGGUCCUUUUCCGGACUCCAUCUUUAUGAAGAUAUUCAAGUAUCUGGAUUUACCCGAUUUGAUGAGAUUUGCGACAGUUUGCAAAAAAUGGAAGCAACUCUUAUACCUGGGACCAGAACUGAUAAAGACGCUUGAUCUUACUCCAUGGAAACGAGAUCUUUCAGACAAUGCUCUUAUCCAGAUCACCAAUUUCGUUGGACCACGCCCUGAAGAGAUUAACGUUUCCAGUUGUUUCCAUAUCACGGAUGCUGGGUUUUCCUAUAUGAUUAACGAAAUCGGAAUAAGAGGGUGCAUAAAGAAGCUCCAUAUGAGCAAUAACUGGAAUAUCUCCGCUAUGUCUAUUAUGGAUCUGAGCAUUGUCGCUAGGGAAUUAGAUUUAAUCGACUUUUCAAACUGCCCAAAAGUUCGCGAUGAUGUCAUUGAGAGGUUGAUCACACCACAAGGGUCCAAGUAUGGUUGUCCGAAUUUGCAGACACUUAAUCUGUCCUACUGUAAGUAUUUGACAGAUAGGACAAUGUGCCAAAUUGCGAAAAAUGCCUCGCAACAAUUAACAUCGCUGAAUCUUACUAGAUGCACUACAAUCACAGACGGUGGGUUCAUGUUUUGGUCACAGACACGGUUUUCCAAUCUGAGGGUGCUUGUAUUACGAGAUUGUACCUUUCUUUCAGAUGCUGCUAUAUCCCAUCUAUCGGUUGCAUGUCCCAAUCUAGAAGAAUUAGACCUCACCUUUUGUUGCGUUUUGACAGAUAAGUCGCUUGCCAUGUUAUGUCUGAAUUGCAGGUAUUUGCGAUCGUUGAAUCUAUCCUUCUGUGGGUCAGCAGUCAGUGAUAACUCGCUAGCUUUUUUAGCUCGCCUUGCCUGUUUAGAAAUUCUUUUUUUGAGGGGAUGUAUCAGGGUCACUCGCCAGGGAGUUGAUAAGAUCUUGUCAAAUCUUCAAAAUUUGAAGUUUUUGGAUUUGAGUCAAUGUCCGAGGGUGGAUACGUACCAAGGCAAGGACGUAGAGCCAUUCGAGAAGCAACCAGGAUCCAGCAACGCUUACCUCCAGAUUUCGCCAUGCCGACGAAUCAUUCAAGUAUCUUUAUAA